UCUACCCGUUAGAAAGAAAAACACGGUACAUUACAUUGAUAAAGCUGUGUAUUUACUAUCUAAAAUGCCAAACACCAAAACGACCAAAAGAAAAGAAGUGCCUGAAAAGGAUACAGAGAAUAUCAGAAUACCAUGUGCAGUGUGCGGUGUCACUUUCAAGAAAAUUUCCUAUCUGAAAAUUCAAAGGAAGAAGUAUCAUAAGAAAGUAGAAGAAAAAGCUACAUUUGAGAAGAAAAGUGAAAAUGCAGCUCAAACAAUAAGUGUAGAUACAAGUGAAGACGAAAGUGAUUGGGACGUAGACCCAGACAUCAGUAUUCAAGAUGAUGAAGAUACGGAAAGGGAUGAAAAGGAGAGCAAGGGUGAAAACAGUCAGGAAAGUGAUGAUAGUGAUGGAAGCAGUUUAAGUGAAAGUGAAGUUAAUGUAAUAGGUGCAAAGUCCGAAAUCAAGGAACAGUCAGAAAUAGAAGACAAAGCCCUAAUGAACAAAGAAUUGGAAACACAGAAGCAGUCUGAAGCUAAAGAUAUUAUGAAGGGACGUCUUGAGAGACUAGGAACAAAGCCAAAGAUAUUCGUGCCGAAACGAAAAGCUUUUCCACUGAUGGAGAAAUCCAAGGAGAUGUAUAAGAAGCAAAAAUUUGACAAUACUAUUAAGCCUGAGAAAAGACUACCAGUAGAUAAGCAAACUAACCUUCCUAAGGUUGAGAAGAAUGUUAAUAAGAUUAACAUAGAGUGUGAAAUGGCUAUUGAGCAAGACAAUACUGCAGUGCAAGAUAUGUCUGUGAAAUAUGGUUCAAAGAAAGUUUUUCAGAGUUUUGAAAAAGUUAAAGGAAGAAAGUAUGAAAGAGAAGAAACCAUAAACUUAGGUGAUUAUAUACCAGAAGAUAUAAAGAUUGAACCUAGAAACAUUACGUUGAAGAAGAAAACGUCAGAGGGAAAAUGUGUAUUUGAAAUUGAAAUAGAGGAGCUAAGAAAAUAAGAAACAAAGAUGUUUCUAACAGUAAGAGAGACUUGGAGAUGUUGUUCAGUUGUUAUUUUUAAUUGUUCACUCAUGAAGAAAUGUGUAUUUUAAAAAUCUGUUAAAUGUCAGUUGUUGUUGAUAUUUUUCCUAUACAGUGGUUAAUCAAAGUGUUUUGAAACAUGCGGGACGCAUGUAGACGGAGGCGUGGGUAAUGUGACGGAUACUUACCAAAUACUUUUAUAUAGGAGUCGUAACAUAGUUACUUCCCUUAUCUGCUUCUCCGCCAUUUGCCGUCUCUACCCGUUAGAAAGAAAACACGGUACAUUACAUUGAUAAAGCUGUGUAUUUACUGUACGUAUUUUGUGAUCUUGCAUUUAGAAUAAGUUAUUUAAACGGUAUGAAUUGAUAUAUGUUUUCUGGAAUGCAUUUAUGAAGUAUUUGUUGUUUUGAAUGCGGGAAUC